UCCGACUUUUCCGAUGCGUACGGACGAAAGCACUGGCGGCACAGCACGGUAAUGUGCUCAGAAUAGCUCCGACCGGCGCAACGGACGGACACGGAACAGCUUUCGGGGAUUGGCCCCAACGAGUGCGCCGUGGAAAAUCGCGAACGAAUUCCGCAGUGGGGGAGAGUGACAAAGAGCCCGAGUGUGUGUGCAUGGGAAAAGUGCAAGUAGUAAUUUGUUAUUGUUUUUCGUUUCAACAAAAACAGCCCCGAAAUAAACCUAUAAAGCUAAGGAAAGACAAGCUAAGAGGCGCCGCCGUCGGGAGGAGGAGAGAAAAAGUAAAAAGAAAAAUGUGUAUUCAAUGUGUGGCAACAGUUUCCUAUAUAACAACGCCAGCAAAGUGGCGAAACGCCUAGUGAAAGUAUACACAUGAUGAUCUUUUCACCACCACCACCCAUCCAUCCACCCACCCAGCCUCCACCCAUCCAUCCUCCCACUGGAGCACUCUGAGUGCGUAACGUGCACUUUCGCAUAAAUUGGAAAUAUUAAUGUGGCUUAUCGCAGCGUAAAUAAACAAUUGAGUCCCAAUUGAGCGAUUCCCCAUUCUGUGCCGAGAGCUCCUAAUACCACAAUGGACUGGGAUAAGCCACCGCCUUCAGCUCCAGCUCAGCCGCCUCCAAAGCCUCGCAGGACCCGCGUUCGGCAGAAUGUCCUGCAUUACGAGAGCCUGCCCACAGCUCCGCCGGCCAUGUGUGGCCGCACCGAGGAGAACAUCUUCCAGUUCCCGGCUGUGGCCUCCAGAGCACGCAAUCUCUCCGCCUCGCCCAAGUUUGAGCGAAGGGAGGUUAAGGAUCUGCCCGUGUGUGAGCGGGGCAAGCAUGCCUGCUCCAAGUGCCUUCCCUAUCGCGCAGAUAGGGGCACCAUUGAGCCGUUAAAGACUCGCCUUAAUUCCGCCAUCGAGGCCAUGGACGAACUGACUAGAACGUAUGCUUUGCUAGAGGGAUUCUUAGAGCAGCGACUGGCAACCAUAGUCGACAACGAAGCUGGCGAACGGGCGGCGGAGCAGGAAGCCAAGAUGGCUGCGGAUGAGGAGUUGCCCUCCACUAGUCAAGCUGCUAAGCAGCGCCCACCUGCAAAGCCGGCCAGGCUCAAUACGACUCACAAAGACACCGAAUUCGAGCUGGAGCACUCGCUUACCUGGCUGGAGUCGCUGAUGGGCACCGAGGUGGUUCCACUCUUCAAGCAGGGAAAGUUUAAGAGAAUCAGAGAGCGCAGCAAGUCUAUGAUGGACGACGAUCUUAAUCUUUAUAUGAAGGCCGAGCGCUCGGGCUCCAAGCUAAGCACCUCCUCCUCGCGUCCAUACCUCCUGAGACGCCAAAGUACGUACAGCGACAACAAGGCCAAAGUGUCCAAGUGGACCAAGGUGAAGGCCGCCUUCAAGUGGGAGCGAGCCAAUGUUCCGCCCUCGGGUCCAGGGGCGCCGGAAAACAGCGUCCUGAUGCCGCUUAACCAUGAGGUGGAGAGAUACCUCAAGGUGCCCAUUAGUGUGGCGGCUGGCAACAGCUCGGCGGACAGUAUCAUUAGCUCCUCCUCCGGGCCUAUUAUGAGCGAUACUGGCGGGACACCGGGCACCAUCAGCUCGGCCAGUUCUUUAGACGAUCUCGAGGCAGGCUGCCGGCAGACUUUUCGUCGCGAUUCCUCCAAAAGCGACACGCGCUGCGAUUCCCGCACCUCCAACUUCGAGGUGGAGCUGCGCAAGUCCGCUACUGAUGAGCGCCUCGACGGCACAAGAUCCUCCGCUCCUCCCUUGGCAGCGAAGUCCGCGUCCAGCAAGUCGUUGCGCCGCUCCAAGGCUUUCUCCGACUUCGAGGUGCUACCAGAGGAUCAUGUGGCAGAGAUUAAGGCCACUAGCAGCCGGCGCCAGAAGUUGCCGCCUAGUCCGCUGAAUCUUAGCCAGGUCAACCAGAUAUAUAGCUCGGAUCUGCCGCAGCUGCACUCGCCGCUCAAGAGUCCCAAGGAUUCGCGCAUGCGUCGCGUGCACUCGCCGGGAACCUCCUCCGUCCCCAGCAGCCCCUCCAGGCACUCGGAUUUCUUCGGAGAAUUCGAGAGCGAGGACCUGUCCAGUGGCGACUUCUCGGAGCCAACAACGCCAAAUCGUAAGAAUUUCCUUCACAACGCAGAUGACGAGGUAUUUCAACAUUAUCAACUUCUCGUACUCAAACUAGAUUCGGAGUUUAAGAACAAGCAGCGUGAGUUCGAGCGUUCCAGCGCCAGCAACCGCAGCGUCAAACUGGGCACCGGAGCCAGCUCAGGAGGAGGCACAGUUGGACCCAGUGGUGGCGGCAGUGGCAAGCGCAGCAGCGAGGAGCACUCGCCCACUAAGCUGCUCCAGCCCAGCGAGCUCUUGUCGACCGACCAGCUGGAGCAGAAUCUCACGCCGCAGUUCAAGAAGAAGCUGCACAAAUGGCGGGCCAAGCAACAGAACUGCUCGGGCGGAGCUUAUGCCUCUUCGGAUCCGCCGGCGGCCAGUCCCACGGCCAAGAGCCUGAGCAGCGGAGAGGUGAAGCCCAAAAUUGACUGGAACCUGUGGAGCAUGGGCCAGGUGAAGCUUGAAGGCCAGGGACUGUGUGCUUUACCCGAUCAAAAGGACCUGCCAGAGAAGUUCCAAAAGAAAUUGGAGCAAUGGAACCGCAUAAAGUGUGCUCCUGGUGGCGGUACCGCCUCCGACAAUGACUCCCUUAAGCGAAGCUCCAAGCACGGUCAGUCCACGAGGAGGGGGUCGGAUGAUGAUCGCUGGUACAAGCACAGGCCGCACGACAAGGAGAAAUUGUCCCGGCUCAAGGCCAUCGUGGCGCCAGAUCACACGUCCAAGAACAUCGAGGUGAAGACCUCCGAUGGCGAGGUGAUGAAGUUCGAGGGCAUCUCGAGGAAGUUCACUCGUAAGCUGUACGAGUGGGAGAAGGCUCGGGGAAUAGGACCGGAAGCCUCCACAUUUGCCCUGCUGCACCCGGGCUACUGUCCAAUCGAUGUGCGACGGAUUAACAAGGAGUGCCAUAAAGCCGCCGCGGAGCACUCGCCCACCCUCAGUCGCUCCCUCUCCCUGGACAGCGUGUCACCGAACUGCCAGCCCCAGCCUGCUAUCUCCCAGCAGGCCUCGUCCCUGUCCCUCAACGAUGUGAACGAUCUUAAAGAGAUCGAGGACAGCGCCGACGCCCUUACCGAUCACGAGUUUAAGAAGUACGACGAGCCGGAGGCGGUCAUGGUCGAGGUGGAGGAGCACAUACACGACACCGCCUCGCCCUUGAUCACUGCUCACACCCUGGUGGAGCAGCAGACUCCCAUAUAUAAGUAUGAGGAGGUGCAGUGCAACGACUAUGUCAACUCUCGCCGCGUCCAGAGCUUCGAGUCCCACACGAAUCUGGCACCGUUGCUGGGAGCUCUGAAACGUGCCGAAGACCUAUUUGGCCACCUGAGGAAUGCCUCGCCUGACCUGCUGGACCAGCCGUCCAUGCGGGACUGCCAGGCCGCAUUGCUGAGCAUUCGCAGCAUAUAUCCGUACUACUCCAACAACCUGAUGAAGGCCGGCGUGCUCAACGCCAUAUCCGAUGUCCAGAGCGAGCUGGGUCGGCUAUCGGAACUGAGCCAGAAAUCGCCUCUGGACGAAGCAUGUUGUCAGGAAACCAUGCAGGAGCGAACACUGGAGUAUCUGGAAGAGCUCCAAGGGCUGCAUGAGUCCCUGCAGUGUCUCAAGCUGAGCAUACAGGGCGGAACAAAUCACUAUCCCCGGGACAUUGUGCCCGACAUCAACAUCACUAGCGAGGAUGGCCAGCCGGUGGAUUCCAGUUCUGCCUACGCCACCUGCGACAACUCAAGCCGGGAUCGCUUGGCUCAAGACGAUAACAGUGCUAGUGCGGCCUCGCCCAUGGAGCACGAGACGGAGACCAGCACUACCACUGGUACCCUCUGUCGCUCCAGUGCACCCACUGCUAAUCCCGGGUCUUUGGGAAACGGAGGAGCGAGCACGAGUGCCUGUGCCAAGAAGAAACUACUGAGGCUGCGCAAGAUAGGUUCCCGGCAGAACAGCAAGACGGAGAGCGACAGCAGCGAUGCGGACACCCACUCGGUGCUGGAGACGCCGCGUCGGUUGCGUCGGAAGAACUUCCGAAUGAAGCAGCGCUCCCUGGACGACGAUUUUCGGCUGGGAUCCACAGCGCCGGCCAAUGAGGCCGAGGAAAUUGUCUACGGUUCGCUGAAGGUCAGGCCGGGACAACUCAUCAAGCAGAGUCAGUGCGUGGCACCGGUUUUGGUUCUGGCUUCUACUCCCCCCUCCUCAACCCCAUCUAUGCCUGCCACUCCUUCCCCGGCAGCUGUCACGCCCCCCACAAGGGUGGGUGCCUUUGUUCCUCCCCCGCUGCCGGAGUCCAAUAACCGAACCUACAACACCAAUGCCAAUGUCUUUGUGAAGACCAAACGCAAGUUGUUCACCACCAUCCCAGAGCCCACUGCCUUCGAGGGCAUUGCCGUGAUCGAGAAGGAGCUAGACAGUCCCCUGGAGGAGCAGCAACCAGAGAAGUUGGAAAAAUCGGUGAACUUGCAGAACCUGGAGAGAUCCAAGUGCCAGCCAAGGCCUCUUAGUCUGUACAAAUCCAUCAGCUUGGAACGCAUAUCUGCCUCGAAGCUAUCUAAAGAUGAGCUAAGGAAGAGCCAGAGCAGCGGAAACUUGCGUCGGGGAUCCCUUUUGGUGCGCCCACCUCUGGCCAGCGACAGUAUGCAGAGAUUGGCCGAGUCCAAGACAUCGGAGAAGAAGCCAGACCAGAUGGCCAAUCCCCCUGUACCAGUCCCCAGGAAGGCACAUCUCUACAAGAAGAAUUCGCUGCACAAAUCGCAUAGUGCUACUGUUACCAACAAGAUUGAGCACAGGAUAGCCAAGACCGGCUCCGGAUCGACCUUCUCGAGGGCGCCUCCUCCGCCAACGGUGUCCGCACCUUUGGUCUUACCUAACAAGGAGGAUAACACCUUGCCCCGCAUUCAGCGGAAGCACCCGAACACGCCCACCAAAGCCAGGCAGUUUGAGUUCCCGCCAACGCAGAUCCCAACGUCGGAGCGCCCAGCCACGCCGUUGUCGGAGCGGGCCAUCCGCCUCCAGUUGGCCAAGGCGCAGUUCCUGCAAAGUGCUCCGGUGACGCCCCGGCAGGAGCCUCAGACACCGCCGCCCAAGGCUAGUGACUCUGUGGUGCUCCAGAAAAGUAUCAGUGCGGGCAGCAUGCGAGGGUCUGCUGGAGUUACUGUUCAGGAGGCACCGAAGCAACCACCAGCCUAUCAGGAUGUGUCCACGGAUCAGGAGAGCGUGGGCACCUCCAGUGCCUGCGACAGCUUACCCAGAGCCGUCAGCCGGAGUGCGAAGAUCUCGAGCAAAUUGGGCUUUGCAACGCUCACCUCGAAGCUGAGAAGGGGUCACAAGAAGCCCAAGGAGACGCCUGCCACGUCUGGACCGGGAAGUGCCCUCUCCGCGCUCUGCCGGCAGACCCUCAUGGCAGAUGCCAUACCGCAGGCCUUCGGUAUCACAACCACCGCCGCCGGCGCCACGGCAGAGAAGCCACCUCCUAGUCCCAAGGGUGGGAAUGUCCUCAAGUCGCACAGCACUCCGCAGGCGGCUGGUCCACCGUCCACCAUUAAUCUCGAUGGACUAAACAAGUCCCUGAGCGAGCAGUACGUACGCCAGCUGAAGGAGAGCGAUGUCUAGUCAGUGCUUCCAGUCCCAAGUCCAGAAUCUAGUCAUAGAGUGAUAUCUAUCCAUUGUCCGAGUGCAUUUUAGGAUCAGGAAAGUGUCCUGCCAGCAAGGCUGCAAAAAAUAUAUACUAAAAAUUAUUAUUAGUGCUAAAAAACAAAAAUCAAGUGACCGCCGGGAUCCGUCAAAGGAACGAUACUCAAAUGGUAGCUUUUGCUACUUAAAUUCAACAGAUCCAACAAUAUAUCUUCAUUUCCUAACCCAUUUAUCAGGUGAAACUUCUAAAAACAUCUUUUUAAAUGUAUAAAUUGCGAUUUUUUAAAGCCUAGCUAAAAACUAAUCAAUAAAAUGAAGUCUUGGUUUUUUUUUA